AUUAAGCCUUUUCACUCAGCGAGCAGCAGCACAUGUACUUCUGCAUGCCUAAACGCUAGAACUAGCUCUACUCUCUUAUGGCUUCUCUUCCUCCUCACUCAGCUCUCCAAACUCUCACAGACCAUGGAAUCAAUACCACAUUAGAAAUGGAAACCAUCAAGAAAAUCACAGUGCCAAACAAAAGAGAAGGAGCAGGUUCUAACAUGAAGGAGUUUGGGACAGUCACAGAGCAGGAUGAUGACGGAGUUUUCUUGACAUGGAAGGAUCUAAGCGUGACAGUUUCCAAGGGAAAAAGAGGCGCAAAAUCAAUCCUUAAGGAUCUAACAGGUUAUGCUCGACCUGGGGAGCUUCUAGCCAUUAUGGGUCCUUCUGGUUGCGGCAAAUCUACACUUCUUGAUGCUUUAGCUGGGAGGUUGGACUCUAACACAAGGCAAACGGGAGAGAUUCUGAUUAAUGGUCGUAAGCAGGUCCUGGCUUAUGGAACAUCGGCAUAUGUAACACAAGAUGAUGCUUUAAUGACGACUUUGACGGUGAGAGAAGCAGUGUGCUACUCAGCUCAGCUCCAGUUACCAGACUCAAUGUCAAAAUCAGAGAAGAAGGAGAGAGCAGACAUGACAAUAAGAGAAAUGGGAUUGCAAGAUGCCAUGAACACCAGAAUUGGGGGGUGGGGAGUCAAAGGCAUUAGUGGUGGGCAAAAGAGGAGAGUGAGCAUCUGCAUAGAGAUUCUAACACGCCCCAAGCUUCUCUUCCUGGACGAGCCAACCAGCGGGCUUGACAGUGCAGCAUCAUUUUAUGUCAUGAGCAGAAUUGCACGCCUCGGUCAAAGAGAUGGGAUUGAAAGGACCAUUGUUGCAUCCAUUCAUCAGCCUAGCAGUGAGGUCUUUCAACUCUUUCACAAUCUCUGUCUCCUAUCUUCAGGUAGAGCCGUGUAUUUUGGUCCUGCUUCUGCAGCAAAUCAGUUUUUUGCUUUAAGUGGUUUCCCAUGCCCUACCCUCCAAAAUCCAUCUGAUCACUUCCUAAAAACCAUAAACAAAGAUUUCGAAAAGGACAUCGAAGAAGGUUUAGCUGGAUCAGCAAUAUCCACGGAGGAAGCAAUUGAAAUACUUGUAGAAUCGUACAUAUCAUCAGACAGGUUCCAACAAGUACCAAAGCAGGUAGCAGAGAUAUGUAAACUGCAGGACCACAGAGAAUCGGAUACGAAGAGAAGCCAUGCUAGUUUCCUUACUCAGUGUCAUGUUCUAACAAGAAGAUCUUUUGUGAACAUGUAUCGUGAUCUAGGCUAUUACUGGUUGCGCCUAGCAAUUUAUAUCGCGCUGGCUAUAGGCCUCGGUACAGUGUUUUUCAACAUUGGCCAUGGUUAUGAUUCAAUUCAGGCAAGAGUUUCGCUGAUCAUCUUUAUAGCCUCUUUCCUAACGUUCAUGGCCAUUGGUGGAUUCCCAUCUUUUGUGGAGGACAUGAAGAUAUUUGAACGAGAAAGAUUAAAUGGGCAUUACGACACCGGUGCAUUUGUAAUUAGCAACACACUCUCUGCUGUGCCAUACCUUCUACUGGUUUCAGUCAUUCCGGGAGCUAUAGCUUAUUACCUGCCUGGACUGCGGAACGGACCAGAAUACUUUCUCUACUUCGUUUCGUCGCUAUUUGCUUGUAUGAUGGUCGUCGAGAGCCAGAUGAUGAUUGUGGCAAGCAUUGUGCCCAAUUAUCUGAUGGGCAUAAUUGCGGGUGCAGGAAUUCAAGGGCUGAUGCUUUUAGUUGGCGGAUUCUUCAGAUUGCCAAAUGAUCUUCCAAAACCCUUUUGGAAAUACCCAUUAUAUGAGGUGGCUUUCCACAAGUAUGCAUACCAAGGAAUGUUCAAGAACGAGUUUGAAGGAACAAUAUUUCACAGUAACAAAGAUGGAGGGCCGCACAUCAUCACUGGGGAGGAGAUUUUGAGAGAUACAUGGCAAGCUGACAUGAGUUACUCUAAGUGGGGUGAUAUUACUGUAUUGCUGGGUAUGAUUGCUUUCUAUCGACUCUUGUUUCUGCUCAUCGUCAAGCUUACUGAAAAGGUCAGACCCUGAGUAUUUAAGGUGAUCUUCAUGUCAUAUGAAGAGAAGCUGCUGGAGAUCACUAUCUGGAUCAAAGGUGUUUGCUAUAUGUUCUGUAAAGUGCAAAAUCUACUGUUGGCAAUAGUGUUGCUUCAUGAAUCUGUGGUUGAAAUUUAAUAUGGUUAUAAAAUAAAGUGGAUAUUUGAUAUUA